GGGGAGUUUUUGAAGUAAAAAUGGCGGGUCGUGGUAGUCUACGAGCUAACAGAUCGACAAACCUGACUGCCAGUAAACAGGCAAAAACUGUGAAUGAGCCAAAGAUAGCCGGCAGUUCUUCAACAAAAUCUUCCCAAGGAGAAACCAUGCAAGCUGCUUCAAGUCAAUUGACCAACACGCUUUCAACAACCAGACUUAGGCGGAGAGAUUCUUUUGGGCAGGAUAAGAUAAAAGGAGAAAGUGGAUCAAAUCUAACAUCUUCAAUGGAGGAAUUUCGUGAAAAGUUGAAAGGGGGCCGUGUUGUACCAUCUCGAUUUCGAGAAGCGGCAGCCAUGAAAAAGAAAGUAGUCAAUAAGAUUCAUGACCAAAGUUCUGGACCUGAAUUAAAACGACACAAUGCAGAGAAGAAACUCUUUAACCUCCAUUCUACUGGGAUUGAAGAAAGCAUGCUUGUGCCUCCAGACUGGGAUUUGUCAGUUAUGAAAUCUGAAUAUUCCCCAGUUGAAGUCCCAGAAUGUACAGCCACUUUUGAAUCUUCUUUGGUGUCUCCAACCCUGUCUGAGGAUGAUGCUAUAGAAAAAAUGGAUUGCGAUAGCUUGCUGUUUUCUUAUAUGGCCAUUACGAGGGAAAAUAGUUUGAAAGAAUAUCAAGAAAAAGCAGAACGGAACUUGCUGCUACUUGAAGAGGAAAACCAGCGUUUGCGUAGAGAGACGUUUGAAUAUAAACAAGAGUACCUUAUGCGGGAAAAUAAAAAGCAGUUGAAUUCAGUAAUAGAGCAGCAGAUGGAGUGUUUAAAACUGGCAUUGCCAUGUAUCCAGCAGUUCAAAAAUCAGUACAAAUCCUUGGGUCGAGCUCUUGAUGCAACCAGGCACAGCCUUCAAGUGAAGAAUAUACAUAUGUCAGACGAUCCAAGGGAGGACUUGGAAAAUCUAAAAGUUCAUCUUCGGACCACAGAGCAGCUUCUUGAUGUUGGAAUAGAUAAAGAUUAUUCCAAAGCUUUGGCGGAAAAUAAGGAGCUUGCGGAGACUGUUGAAAACACAGAUAAAGAGAUAAAAAGCUUUUCCAGGAAGAUUGAUGAAUUGGCCUCUUCCACCAGCAGAGAGACUGUACUUCACCAAGUAUUAGAUGAACAAGAUUUGGGGAUGGAUGUCUUGGCAUUGGGAAUUUUCAAAUAGGCCACUCCCCUGCAUUCAUUGCAUAUAUGCAACAUGCUAAAUAUCACUCACCUGUUAAUUUUACAAAUGCACGAUGCACAGAAUAAAGAAAUCAUUAAAUAAA